UUUAAUUGAGCUUCGAUUCUCUGGUAAAUUUAUCAGAUUUUUGAAUCGAAUCAACUGUCGCAAUUACCGUCGACUCUUUUGUGGUCGCUAGAGAUCUCGAUUCUAAAAUAUCUGCAAUUUUCUUAAUUAAAAGAAAAAGAGAAAAUUGAAAAAUCAGAAAAAAAAAAUCUACUGGCGUCCCUAUCCCCGCCAUCCUCUCUCCCUAAUCUUCAUCUACGCAUAGAUUUUUCUUGCUGGCGGUUCUUGUUCUUAUCGCUGCCGCACGCGCGGUGUGAUAUUUCCUGCACGGUGCUUACUGCUUACUCCCUGGAUAUUUUCAGCAUCGUUCUUAUCCCAGGCUCCCAGCGUCCGGCUCAUUCUCUGCUCGGCGCUUGCUUUUCUUCUCUCCCUGCUCCGAUCUCGCUCGUGAAGCUCCCCUGGCGCGUCCAGCCAUGGCGCCCCUUCUUGCCCCGCUCGGUUUCGCCCACGGCCGCGUCUCCAGCUUCCUCCCUGCUCUGCUCUGUCUGCCGCGCGCUAAGUGCCCUGGCCCCUCUGCUCGGUGCUCGUCGCCAUGGCCGGCGCUUGGUCCUAGCUCGGCGCCCAAGCUCCCUCUGCUCGCGACGCCCGCCUGGCCGGAGUUUCUUCCUCCCCCUGCUCGCCGGCGUACGGAUUGCGGUCUCCUUCUCCAGCUCCGGCACGCGCUCUGCCCCUCCCUCCUAUUCCUCAAGUUUGGCCGCGUCGAGUUUCCCUCCGUCCAUGGCCGCCAGUCGAGGUCCUCCCAGCCGAGGCCCCUGCUCCCAGCAUCGCGUUCCCUUCUUCUCUGCGAGCCCCUCCCUGUUCCCAGCCGUUUCCUGCUCGCCUGGCCGGAGCGCCCUGCGCUCUGCUCGCCAUCGCAAGUCGCGGUGUUCCCUGCGCGCUCGGUCCUACCUAUCUCGCAGUGUUUGGAUUCAGCGCAGCUCGUGUCCUAUUUUCUGCUCGCCAGCGUGUCCUCUCGGCUCGCUUGGCCCGAAUUCCCAUCACGUCGUCGAUCUUGCCAAGUAUCGUCGUUCGUCGUCGCGCUGUGCGUGCAGCAGCCUCGAGUCUAUGUCGCCCCGGCCUUGUUGUCGACAUCGCUCGCCGUAGCUCAGCUUGCUAGUUCGUCGUGCCGCGUCGUGUGCCGAUAUUCUCUCCCGGCAGGCCUCGCCGUCGACCAUGUUCAAGUGAUUGUUCGGCUCCUCGCAUCCCGCCUAUUUAAUAAAACACCCAAAUCCAUAGACUGUCGACGCACUGCUGCCAUACGCAGCUGUCUCUGUCACUUGCGUCAGCUCGCCAGACCUACAGCUCCAUAUAUGUCACUCUCCUGUAUCGUCGUCGAGCCCGGCGAACCUCGUUCUUCUCUGCUCGAUCUCGUCGAACCACGAAUCCCGGACUUUAGACAAAAAUAAGCGAGGUUCCUGUGCAUCGCUUAUCAAGUACUCGGUCGAAGACUUCAAUCAAAGAUCGUCGCCAUUCCGUGCGUCAUCAAGGAAUCCCAAGAAUCGGGUGAAGACAAAGCUAGCAGCGCGAUAUUCCCCAAGCGCUCGACAAAUUGCUUGGAUCGGAAAAUCGCUACCGAUCUCGUGGAUUCAUGUCAGCUGUGGAAACGGUAAGCUGAUAAAUUAUUCAGUUAUAGCGAGUUAUUUCGCUAUUCCGGCCAAUUAACGGAAUUAGUGUAUCGAGUAGAAUUUUAGUAGGCAUGUGUGUUGAUGAAAUAAUUUAAUCACUUAUAAAGAUGUAGUAUAAUUUAUAAGGCAAGGAAUUAGUUCAGAAUUAAAUUAAUUAACUGAUAAGUUAUGAUUAGGCUAAUUGUAUUUCAUGUGUAUAGUUUGUUGUUCGUGAUGUUUGUGUUAGGUUCGAGAAGCGUAAUUAUUGCGCUUAGUCGUACGUCUGUAACUAGUGUUUCCGUAUAAAAUUAUACAACGCCACGCCGAUAGGUGUUUAAUUCGCUAUCGCGUAGUACUAUUUAGGUUUGAAAUAUUCCUGUCUAUAUGCAUUCAUAUGCAUAAUGCAUUUCAUUCAGGUACGAUAAUUAAUCACGUGAUGCGGAAGAUGACCCAAGUCGACCCCAAGCGCGGGCUACUCCGCAUGGUGAUGGUGAUGAACGAACCUGCCUGAUCAAGUGCUAGGACAAGGAUGAUCGUCAAGUGGUCGUCGCCUAACAACACUAACCUAGUGUUACCCAGGCAAGCCCCGGUGCAUGCAGCCCCUUCCUUGUGUUUUUACAUAAUUUUUGCACACUUUAAGUCUAGUGAAAUGUGCAUUAGGUUUAUAGGAGUUGCUUGAAACCCUUGGAUGCAUUGCCUUCCUUGAAAUCCAUACCUUUAUAGAUACUUCUGGUGAAGUAUCAAAAUUAUGAUUUACAAAAAUGCUUAGCCCUGCUUAGAUCUUGUGGAUAGAGGUUGUCCUUAGCCUAGCUCGAGAAAGGAUGGCUUCUACCUCCAAGAAUAUUUUCAUUUGGAGCAAUGGUGGGAUCUUACUGCAAAGUUCCCGGUGAUGCUCUUUUCAUCCUAAGGAACAGAAACAAUCCUAAGGAUGGAAAUACUUAAAUUGAGACUUGGGUUAGGAACAGGUGAUGUUCUACCCAGGUUGAUUAAGGAUUGAAUGCGUAUGUAGGCGUGCUGAUCGAGGACCCUUUAACUGGUCACAUGCCUCGUCAUGGGUAAGCCUUGCCUCGGGCAGACUAAGGCCAGAAUAAGAUAACACGAAAUGGGCGUGGAGCGGUGGCGAGAGUAGCGUGUACCCUUCGUGGCAAGAGGCUGGACGGUGGUGUAUCUGUGCUCUCGGUUUGCGUGAACCUGAUCUAGUCUUAAGAACCCCGGUGGCGGGUUGACAUAUGCAAGGGUUAAGUGCUACAUAUGUCGUGUGAUUGGAGAUCCUCAGCUGAGUAUAAUCUAUUCGGAUCGCCGUACCUUCGCGGUUAUGAAGACUUGGUCACUUCCCUACAACCUAAGUCAGGAUGUGAACCUCAAGAAUAAAAAUGAUGUUGUAUUGAUGAGAUGGUGAAAUUAGACCAGAUGCAAACAGAGUCUAUUAAUAUUUAAUCUGGCGUUAAAACAUUGAAAGUAAGGAUUCACUUUAGUAAGCUAUUUCUGCAAAAGUAUCUAAGUUGAUUCUUGCUAAAGCCUCUCCUUGACUCCCUUAUAACCAGCAUACCCUUGAGAGUCUUUUCUUUAGUCGGGUAAGACUUGCUGAGUAAUUCCAUACUCAGGGUUUUAUUCCCUGUUGUUUUUCAGGUUUUAGUUUUGUGCUGCUGAUGAUGGUGUUAAGUGCCGGUGGGCUCGGCCUUCUUAUAAGUCUAAGUAACCCUUCUAUACUUCUUAUUGAGGAUGAUCCCUUGAGCUAGCAUAUAUAUUUCAAACUUAUACUUUUGUAAUCACUCCGAUAAACUAAUGUAAAAUUUAUUUUAACCUGUAAAAUUUGGUAGAAAGAUUUCCGCUGCAACAAUAUUGGUGUGUGUGAUUUGUGUUACUUAAUCCCGCGAUUCUGGUUGUAAGUGGUUUAUCCGAUGUCCUUAGGGCAAUCGGACGGAUCCUAUUAAGUUAUCUGGUGCACAUGCAUAGCAGUUUGAGGUCUUUGAGACAAGGACAGGUGCAUGUGGGCCCAAUAACUUGGAAGGUUCUGCCACAAGGAUGAGGUGCAAAAUGAGAAUGACUUAGUAAUCCUUGAAGGCAAUGACAUUAAUGACGAACUUGCGCCUUCAAAUGGUGUUGACUAUGAAAUGGUUGAUAGUGAUGAUGAGAGUUAUGAUCUGGCUAACACCGACACAUACAUCAGCCAAAAAACUUCAUUAUUGAAUUACAACUAAUAAGCAAUCUAAAAGAGGGCACCACUAAUGAUGUGUUGUUGGUAGGAGGCUGCUGGGUUUGUCAAAGCAAGUUGGACAAAUGGCAGCAACUGUUGCAGUUGUAAGAGGGUUGUGGGGUUAGCCGCAAACUGCUGGUAGAACGGUAGCAACUGUUGCUGUGUCAAGGAAGCACGACUUGCUGCAACUAGCUGGCAAAAUGGUAGUAGUAUUUGCUGCUGCAAAUAAGCAGCGGGGUUCAGUGCGGCCAAUUGGUUAAAUGGAAGAAGUUGUUGUUGCUGAGAGUAGGCAGUAGCUAGCUGGCUGAAUGGUAAUAGUUGUUGUUGCUGCAAAUAAGCAGCAGGGUUCAGUGCAGACAGUUGGUUGAAUGGAAGAAACUGUUGUUGCUGAGAGUAGGGAGAAAGACUUGCAGAGCUACUUGGCUGAUCACAGGUAGCACGAGUUGCUGCAGCUGUUGUGCCCUGAUGGUUUGUGCCAAUGACUGCACCAAAGAUAGGGCUGGUGAUUGUUGAAACACCAAGGGUGAUAAAGGUAUGUUGCUUGCUGCGAUUGCUUGUUGGAGCCUAUAGGGUUGAAGAGCUGGGUUUUCACAUACUGAAGCUAUCAUUGAUGGAAGGUAUGUGGGAAGAAGGGAAGCUAUAGGAGCUUGUGAGCAUUAAGGGAAAAUUGUCGCGUUAGAAACACAUGCAGAAAGUGCAAAGAGCAUAAGGAGGGAAAAUGUCUUGGUCGCCAUAGUUGCUCUAUUGUUGCUACUGGAUUCCACAUUCUAUGUUGCUUGUUGGUCUCAAUAGUAUGGCUGAUGGAUUACCUACUAAUCUAGGAGGUAUUUAUACACAUGUUAGACCUUGUGCUCAUGUAGAUUGAGUUUGGAUUUUGCCAAAAUAAUAUUAGUAAGAUAAGCUAGAGAUGAUGUGGUAUCGAGUUGGCUUUGACAUUUAGUGACCACUUUGUUGUGUUAUAACUUAUAUGUGAGAAAGACAAUCUCUAUACAAUACAAUAAAUAGGUGGUCUUUUCCUCAUGGUAUUAUCCAAAUACAUGGGUGAGAAUGGCGUGAUCCAUUCACCUUUACACAUGUGUAACAUUAGCCACAUAGAUGCUGCUUUGUUGGGUUAUUUUGCACUAGAAACAUAUUUUAUGGCAGUAUUCACCAAUGUUAACUUGUGCAAUAAUCAGUUGAACGAUUCACAUGAUCCCCGUUGUUAGAAAUUUAGGCACAUUUAGUUGCAUAUUAAUCUUGAAAAUUGAUACUAAAUAAUUGGUGUCAAUAGAAAGGUGCACAUGUGAUUUGAAUAUAAUGAAUAUAAACAAAAUAAACAGUUACAUAGUUUUAAGCCCUAACACCUUUAUGAACACAAAUGUUUACUUGAACUUUGUUCUUUAAGUCUUAGUUUUUUCAAGGUAAUAGUUUAAUUAAAGGUUGCUUAGAUGUUUGUUGCAUUGAGAUGGUAGCCACCGUUGUUAUGGUGCUUCAUAACAAUACAUGUCAAAAUUUUGCCUUUAUGGCCUAACUCCUUAAGUUAAACAAGGUCUCUAUUUGUAUUGCACAUACCUCACCACAUGCAAAAGAAACUUUUGUGAGCCAAAAUAAUUUACGUGGGCUUUUAGAUAAGACAACAAAAAUUGGUCAUUUUUUGUCGGCCUUAGAUAGCCAAUGGCCACUAGUUUAUUUUUGUUGGUUUUGGUCAGACUAUUUUCAUUGGCUAUUAGACGAACAAUGGAAAUUAGACUAUGCCGAUGUUGACGUCUCUAUUUUGAGUAGCGUACCAGUGUGGCCCUCAUCUACCAUGUAGAACAAAGAGGCAUUGGUCUAGCAAAUUUAUAAGCAAACCGACAUGGAAAGCAAGUAUAAUUGUCAUCGGCUAUUAAUAAAAUUUAAAUUUAGUAAGCUCAAUCUAGUUACAAUGGAAUCUUUAAAGAUUAGUUAUCAAGCUAAUUAUAUUUUAUAAUUUACUAUUAAUAAGUAUUAGUAUUUGUAUAAAAUAUAGUAUUAUAAAAAUACAUAAAAUAUCGAUAGGUUCACGAAACGUAUGUGUCACAUGUUUUGAUCGGCAUGCCUAACAGGUGCACAUUCUGUAUGGCUAUAGGGUCCAACCUAACAAAGUACGCUUUUUGGAGACUAUACCAUCCUCAUCAUGAAUCGGUUAUCACACUUUAAGGAUGAUUUAAAGCUUGUUACUCCCAAUCUUAGGAAAAGUAAUUAUCGAACACCCUUGGAGACCAAUAUCACAUUAAAAUCUGGAAAUGUAACUUCUUAUUUCUGGUUGGCCACAUACAUCAUCCAAAAAACUUUAUUAUUGAAUUACAACUAAUAAGCAAUCUAAAAGAGGGCACCACCAAUGAUGUGUUGUUGGUAGGAGGCCGCUCGGUCUGUCAAAGCAAGUUGGACAAAGGGCAACAAUUGUUGUAGUUGUAAGAGGGUUGCGGGGUUAGCCGCAAACUGCUGGUAGAAAGGCAGCAACUGUUGCUGUGUCAAGAAGGAAGCACGGUUUGCUGCAGCUAGCUGGCUAAAUGGUAGUAGUAUUUGCUGCUGCAAAUAAGCAGCGGGGUUCAGUGCGGCCAAUUGG